AGCACGUAUUAAUGCGCCAAAAUCGGUCCAGUCCUAAGAGAAUUGUGGUGUAGUGCGUCCGUGGGGUCUAGCAGGUGUUGGAUCUUGUGGCGUACUGCAGUGGAGCUACGACAGUAAGGAAAAGCCUGCAUGUGACAAUCUAUUGACCUGAAGAGCAGAUCUACUCAAAACCGCAACAGUUCGCAUUGUUUCCGUUGUAUUCAGAAGGCGCGAGGUGGCUGAGGCGAUGGAGGAGCAGGCAGCGCAGCAUUUAGCGGGGGAGCUGAUCCGCGCGACGGCCGAGGGCGACGUGGAAGGGGUGGAGCGGGCGCUGGCGGCUGGCGCAUCGGUGGACCAGCCCGAUGCGGACGGGACGUUGGCGCUGCACGCGGCGGUGCGGAGCUCCAACCCGUACUUCGUUGCCCUUUUGCUGCAGAGAGGCGCCUACGUCAAUCGGGCGAACGAGAACGGCCGAACGGCGCUCCACGAGGCGGCGUUGGUGAACGACACGUUGAGCGCGGCGCUGCUGCUGCGGGCGGGCGCAGCCGCGGACCAGCCAGACGUCAACGGCCACACUGCCCUCCACAUGGCCGCGAUAGCGAACGCCUUCAGUUUUACCACCGUGCUGCUGGCGGCCGGCGCAGACCCGGCCUGCGCUGAUCACAACGGAUUAACGCCAGCUCAAAUGGCCGAAGACGAGGCCCUGUGCACCCAGAUCACCCUCGCGCACCAAGCGCGCGCCUGUUCAGCAGGAGCAGUGCAGGGGCAGCAGGCGGCUUCGGCGGCGGAGCUGCAGGCUGACCGCGCUACUCUGGCAGAUCGGGCUGCACGGGCCGCUCGGGCCGCUCGGUCUGACCGGUCUUAUCGGUCUGAUCGUUCUGGCAGGUAUGAUCGUUCUGGUGGGUCUGAUCGCUCUGAUCGGGGUGAUCGAUCUGGCGGGUCUGAUCAGGGUGAUAGGACUGAUCGACCUGGCGGGUCUGAUCGGGAUGAUAGGACUGAUCGACCUGGCGGGGGUGAUCGGACUGAUCGAUCUGGCGAGUCUGAUCAGGGUGAUCGGACUGAUCGAUCUGGCGGGUCUGAUCGGGGUGAUCGGAGUGAUGGGACUGCGGCCGCGCUACGGGCUGCGCGCCGUGCGGCCACGGUGCGGACUGAGGAAGCAGCGGCCGCGCAGCGGGCUGAGACGGCUGCGGCCACGCUGGAGGCUUCGAUGAAGCAGCGGAAGGAACUGGCUCAACUGGCACUUGCGGAUAGAAACAGAAUCUGCCGUCUUCGGCACGGACUUCUGGAAAUGAGCGCAUGCAUGGACGAUGUUCGAUCUAGUUUUGAUAAACUCCAACGCACCUUCCCGGACCAUAGCGACCUUCGGCCUCCGCCUGGCUCAUCGGAUGCGCUCAAUCCUCCAGCCCAGAACUACUUGCCUGCACAGCAAUACCACCCAGAUCGACACGAUUCUCCAGCCCAGAACUACUUGUCUGCACAGCAAUACCACCCAGAUCGACACGAUUCUCCAGCCCAGACCUACUUGCCUGCACUGCAAUACCACUCGGAUGGACUCGAUUCUCCAGCCCAGAACUACUUGCCUGCACUGCAAUACCAUCCGGAUCGGCUCGAUCGUCCAGCGCAGAACUACUUGCCUGCACUGCAAUACCAUCCGGAUCGGUUUGACUUACUAGCUCAGUAUAAUGAUCAGCCUCUGUAUCGCCUUACUACACCCCAUGAUCAUCUGGUUCAAAAUCCCCUUCCGGAUCAUGUCGGCAUUUCACUUCAGGGCUCCUUUCCGGUAAUGAACAUUGAUUACAGACCAUCAACAAAAGAUUCUAACUCUCUGAAAUUAAUACAUGAAAUAUUUUAA